CCCAUCCGUACUCCUCCAUCUCUCCAGAUCCCCCACCAAAGCAAAGCAAAGCAAACGUCCCAAGCUCCUCUCUGCCUCCUCCGAUCGAUCAAGCAGCCAAAGCACUAACUAGCCGCUCGUAAGGAUGGCUCGGCAAGGGAUGGCCAUGGCGUUGCUGGUGGUGGUCCUCGCCGCAGGGUGUUGGGAGUCGGCGAACGCCGCGGCGAUGCUCUCGCAGCUGAAACCAACCCUCGCGGUCACCGCCUCCCCCACUCCCAACCAAGUUCUCCACGGCGGCGAGGACGUGAUCACCGUGACAUGGUCCCUCAACGCGACGGCCGGCACGGACGCGGAAUACAAGAAGGUGAAGGUGAGCCUGUGCUACGCGCCGGUGAGCCAGAAGGGGCGCGAGUGGCGCAAGACCCACGACGACCUCAAGAAGGACAAGACCUGCCAGUUCAAGGUCACCGAGCAGGCCUACGCUGCCACCGGCACCGUCGAGUACCGCGUCGCCCUCGACAUCCCCACCGCCACCUACUUCGUGCGCGCCUAUGCUCUCGACGCCUCCGGCACGCAGGUCGCCUACGGACAGACCUUGCCCGGCGCCACCUUCGACGUCAUCAGCAUCACCGGCGUCACCACCUCCAUCAAGGUCGCUGCCGGCGUCUUCUCCACCUUCUCCAUCGCCUCGCUCGCCUUCUUCUUCUUCAUCGAGAAACGCAAGAAGAACAACUAAGAUUGAGACCAUACGCUCAAAUGUUUGUGUUGUACCGACGAAUCCAUGCCAUAUGGGUGCAACAAUCUUCAUGUAUAUCUCCUCUUUUUUGUUGUGAGCGUGUAAACUACUUAAAUGUAUGAAAUAAUUUGAGGAAGAACUUGGAUUCCAUAAA